AUGGAGCAGAGCAGGAGGGCGGUGGAGUCGUACUGGAGGUCGAAAGUGAUCGACGUUGCGACUUCGGACGAGGAUAAGGUCACUCCGGUUUACAAAUUGGAGGAAAUUUGCGAUUUGCUGAGGUCUUCACACAUCUCUAUUGUUAAAGAGGUGUCGCAAUUCAUCCUUAAACGGCUCGAUCACAAAUCGCCGAUUGUUAAACAGAAGGCAUUAAGGGUUAUAAAAUAUGCUGUGGGAAAGUCAGGUGCAGAGUUCAAAAGGGAGAUGCAAAAGAAUUCUGUUUCAGUACGACAGUUAAUCCACUACAGGGGCCAGCCAGAUCCUCUGAAGGGUGAUGCGUUGAACAAGGCUGUCCGAGAAACAGCCCAAGAAACAUUAUCUACUUUGUUUUCAUCAGAUGAUAGCGUAGCUGCGCCUACAGAAAGUAGUCUUCGCAGCCGGAUACAAGGUUUUGGAAAUACCAACUAUGAAAUGCCAUCAGAUGAUAGAAAGUCGUUCAUCAGUGAGGUUGUUGACAUCGGAAGUGCUACAAUUAGACAGGGAUUUAGUAAUUUGAAACAAUCUCCUUCCAUGAGGAAAAGUAAUGAUACUGGAAGUUACAGAAGCCCAAAUCUUGAACGAUCCUUGGCGAAAGAAAAUGAUUAUUCUGAUAGGUAUGAAGGGGUUGGGUCUCGUGCCGAAUAUAACAGCUCUUCUCGCUUUUCAAAAAAUGCUGGUACUGGAAGCUGGGGUGAAGAGAGUUCUACGAGCCAGUCAGAAACUAGUAAUGGAGGCCCUGCUUUGACUUAUAGUCAAAAAAAUCGUGAAGAGAAGUUGUUGGAGACCAUAGUGACAUCAACAGGUGUGCGCCUACAGCCUACACGAGAUGCACUUCAUGUUUUCCUGGUGGAGGCCUCAAAAUUAGAUUCCGAAUCAUUAGCGCAUGCCAUUGAAAUGAAACUGAGGUCUCCUAUGUGGCAGGUCCGCAUGAAAGCCCUAUGUGUCCUUGAGGCACUAUUGAGGAAGAAGAAUGACGGGCAUUUUUCAGUUAUUUCUUUGUACUUCAGUGACAACAAAGAUGUUGUGGUGCAAUGCUCUGAAUCUCCCCAAGCAUCUUUGAGGGAGAAAGCAACUAAGGUAUUGAGUCUUCUGGGUGGUGAACAAAAUGGCAGUGGAACCAACCAUUUCAAGCAAUCGACUAAGAUUCAUCAGCCUUCAAUGAUACCGGAUAUGAUAAACACUGAUGACCCAGAUGAUCUUCUUGGCAUGGAAGAUCCACAAAAAGCAGCAAGUGAGCCAAAAGUAACAAAUGCACCUCCAUCUGUUGCUCCGCUGAUCAAUGACUUACUUGGUGACAAUUUCGACAAUCGUGAGAGCACCAACAAUCUGAACUUUGACGAUGACCCUUUCGCAGAUGUCUCCUUCCAUACAAGUCAAGAUAAUGACCGUGUUACUGAUUUAUUUUCUGGGAUGGCUCUUGAUAUGUCAGGAGCCUCAGAGGCCCGCAUAGCAGCUCAUAAAAAUGAAUCUGAACCAUUCAACCUAUUAAAUUCUAGUUCCGAGGUCCUCAUGGAGCAAGGAACUUCUAGUGAAUAUGCUACCAACUUGAUGGAUGGUAUGCCCGUGAAUGGAAAUGACUCCUCUGCAAAGAAAAAUGCAAGUAGUGAUGACACUGGUAGCAACAUUUUGGGUUCGGUUUCCAGUGCAGAUAAUAAAAGUCCUAAUGUUGCUUUAAAUAAUGCAUUCCCUUUGCAAGCUUCUGAGAUGAAUGUAAAUGCCAUGUUCCCCAUGGGUGCUAUGGCAUAUAAUAUCCCUUCUGGUUUUGGGUUCAAUCCCGCAUUUGCUUCUCAGCCGAUGAACUAUAGUGCCAUGGGGAGUCACUUUGCUCAACAGCAGUUUCUAGCUGCAAUGUCCAACUUACAUCAACUAGGGAAUCUACAAUCCAGUACUACUAUUAAUUCUCCUGGAUCUGUAGGAGGGAAUGCAGCGCCCCUUCCAGAUAUUUUUAAUCCCGGCAUAGCUACCCAACCUCCAACUUCAUUGAUGAAUGGGUCAAAAAGAGAGGAUACAAAAGCAUUUGAUUUUAUUUCGGAUCAUGUGGCCUCAGCUCGUGACACCAAGCGCAUGACUUGAUUCAUUUGAUGUGUGUGGAUUUCUUGCUUCAUGACAUGGGUGCUACCUUUCUUGAAUUGAAUGUGAGUAAGUGUUGUUAUUGAGACUUCAAAAAACAGGGUAAAAUCGAAAGGAUUUCACCCAAAGGCAACUGCGCGACCGAUGUUGUGUGAAUGAAUGUUGCUGAACUACACUUGUUCUGAUCCUAAAAUAGUGCAGUCAUCAAAUGAUUGUUCAUUGUUGUUGUCUAUUUUUAUUUUUAAUUUUUGUACUUUUAUUUGUAAUAGCCCAUUGAGCUUAUUGCCUGAUA